ACAACAAUUUCCGGCACAAAAAUAACGAACCGAAUGCCGAGUGCUCAACCGAAGCAAAGGUUCAACUGGUGAGGCUCGUCCGAUUAAGGACGAAGGAUAAAGGACGAAGCAGGAGCCACGAACGGCGGCUGCUAUAAGAAGCGGCCUCCAUCGGCCAAAAACCGGAGUCGCGUCAGCAACGUCGAACUGAAAACAACGCGAUUGGCCGCAAGAGCCCACAAUCGAAGCCUAAACAACGAAAUAUAACGCAUACGCCGCGUUGAACCGAAAAGAAUUGCAAGUGAAGUGAUACGAAAAAAUAAAAUAAAAAAUAAAGGAAACAAAGUUUACCGCCUUGGCUCGUUAGCGAAAUUUUUUGUUGCCUUUUUGGGCAGUUUACGAGCGGCUCAGCAUAAAUUGCUGGUCUCCGCAUAAUCUCCACCUCCGUUGCCCAUUUCCCAUUUCCCAUUUGCACGACCGUAAUGAGGCAAUGAGACGAGGGGCAGCCGGAAAAGCAACAGCAACAGCAUCAGCAACAGCGGGAAAAUCAGCAGCGGAGCCAUGACAUCUGGAGUCUGCCGGAGUCUGGAGCUUUGGCCUCUGCCCGAGUGAAAACCUCCUUCCAAGCAAUGCUGCGGGAUAUCUUUCUGUAUUUAGUUCUAAUCGUUUUAUUUUGCUUCAUUUUCAUGGCGCAGUUAAUCGUCAACGUUUACGCGUUCCAACGCCAGCCGUCGCCCCACAAAGCGGAGCGCAAUGAAAUUAUAUUUGUCUAGCAAGGCACCAACCAGAGAACCACCCAAAAGACACAGAAAAUAAUGUUUCAAGAAAGAAUUUUUCAAUGGAAAGUUGAACUGAUACAAAAAAGUCACAAAAUCAUAGUCAUUUAUUGCCAAACAAUAAAGAGUUAAAAGUUUUUAGAACAAAUUGGAGACUGUAUCUUCCAUUCAACCAUAUAGAAUAUGCAUACAUCUAAUUUCCAUUUAAUUAUUGUUUUCAAACUUUCAAAAUUAGAAUAGGUACGCAGAAAGUAAUUUUUAAUUAUUUAAAAAACUAUUUUUUCUCAUAGGCAUAGUACUAUAAUAGACAAAAUUACCAAUAAGACAUAACUAACUUGACAAAAUAUAUUAGUUUUAAGCAAUAGGUCCAACACUUUCUCCUUUUUUCAGUGCACCUUUGAGGACAUAAAAAAGAGGUUGAAAAAUGAAGACGCUACAAAAGCAAAGGCUACAAGUCAAGCCGCGGUGGUUUCCAUUUAAUAAGAAAAGGAACUCAACUGGGUUCAAGUGAGAAAAGUAGGAAAAAGCGCAGGGAACGAGGGGGAAAAUG